ACAGUUUCUGGUCGGACGUCAACAGCUGAAGUUGACAUUGUCUUGGCCGAAACAGUGUGAAACAUGUCUGUGCUCUCUUUAAAUACGUUAAAACAAAUCAUGAAAGCAAUGGUUGAUAACCGGGGCUUUGACAGAGUACUCACUAAGGUGGACGUGCUGUCCGCCAGCGCCGGUAAGGUGGUGUGUGAGAUGCGGGUGGAGGAGGAGCACACCAACCGGGCAGGGACGCUCCAUGGAGGCAUGACAGCCACCCUGGUCGAUGUCAUCUCCACCUUGGCCAUCAUGAACAGUGAGAGGGGAGCCCCGGGGGUCAGCGUGGACAUGAACAUAACAUACAUGAAUGCUGCCAAGAUGGGAGAGGAUGUACUCAUCACUGCUCAGGUUCUGAAACAGGGGAGGACGCUGGCGUUUGCAACUGUAGACCUCACUAGUAAGGCCACUGGAAAGGUCAUUGCACAAGGAAGGCACACCAAACACCUUGGCAGCAGCUAAACAGUCUACUUCUGUGUAGUUUCCUUUUUUUUUUUUUAAAUCACAUUAAUUGUAUUGCCAAAACCAGAUGUAAACUUACCAUCAUCUGUAAAUAUUUGGACUGUAAACAUGCACCAGUGUGUCCAUGCUGUAAAUCAAGCCUUAAUGUUCUGUUGUUACUGGUUCAUGCACUUGCAAUAAAACAAAAGGGCAAGAGUUGUUUUCAGAUUUUGCACUGUAUUGGGAUAUGCUCAGCAGUAUGGAUUUGAAAAUCAACAGAAAAAACCCAGAAGUUACACGCAUUAUACUGUUUCAACUGAACACACUGAAUCGACAAGGAGCAAAAUUAUUUGUACAUUGUCAGUCUUUGAAAAGCAAGCCUGCAAAACCCAAUUUUAAUUUGAUAAGCAUGGCAGCUAGUCAUCUUUUAGUAUGUCAAAUUAAAUGAGAUUUUCUUUAAGCAACUUUUGUUAGGUAUAUUAAUCUUUUAACAAAAAGUCAGUCACCAUUUUGGUGUCUCACCAACCCACAUCCCAAAUAAAACAUAGAACCUCAGAUUUCAGUAGCUUUAAAUGAAUAGUGCAUGAACAGCUUAAACAUGGCAAUGACCUUCAUCGUCUAACCAACAUGUCUCAACUUUGUGUACAAUGCCUUUCAAGUCUCAAGAUUUUGGCAAAGGCCUGCCUAACAUGUUUCAGAGGAAAGCAAAUGACACCAAAACUUUUUUUUUUUUAAAGUCCAGCAAAAAAAACUAAGGCGGUUCAUAAGAAGCAAUACCUACACCAUAUGAUUUGACAAAUAUUGUUCAUCUUGUUAUCUUUUCUUACACAGGUGUUUAAACACCUAUUCACACCUGUCCUUGGUCAAGAGAUUGUGUUAAGUUGUUUUAGAACACCUAAUGACAUUACAAACAAGCUUUAACAAUCCUUUCUUAUGACAACAAGGAUAUAAAAAACACGUCCAUCUGAGAACCACCAUGAAGACCUGUGUGCUGUUUGUUCCUGUUUUGAUGCAACAUAAAGAGUUCCUUCAAUGACCGGUGCUGUUGACAGUGCAGCUCCAAGAGAACAACCAACCACUCAAAAUCAAUGUUUGUGCAGGUUCAAAUAAACAAAAAUGGAUGAGUGAGAAGGGAAUGAAGGGGGAAGACAAAUUAAAAA